AUGAUGCCCUUUGACCCCCGGAACACAUUUAAUUCCGAGUUUUACUUGGAUGAAAAAAGGUCUUUGAAGGUGCCCAUGAUGAAAAUUCAGAAUGUGACUAUACCCUACUUCCGGGAUGAUGAGCUGUCCUGCUCUGUGGUGGAGCUGAAGUACACAGGAAAUGCCAGUGCCCUGUUCAUCCUCCCUGACCAGGGCAGGAUGCAGCAGGUGGAAGCCAGCUUGCAACCAGAGACCCUGAGGAAGUGGAAGGACUCUCUGAGGCCCAGCAUGAUAGAUGAUCUCCACCUGCCCAAGUUCUCCAUCUCCACUGACUACAGCCUGGAGCACAUCCUUCCAGAGCUGGGCAUCAAGGAAAUGUUCUCAGUGCACAGUGACCUGUCUGCAAUCACAGGAUCCAAGGAUCUGAGUGUCUCUCAGGUGGUCCACAAGGCUGUGCUGGAUGUGACUGAGACAGGCACAGAAGCAGCUGCUGCCACAGGACUAAGAGAUCUUGGAUGUUGUAUGACAUUUUACCCUAUCAGAAUACAUUUCAACAGGCCAUUCCUGAUGAUUAUCACUGACACAAAUACUCAUAUUAUCCUCUUUAUGGCCAAAGUUACAAAUCCAAAGAGAGAUGGAACUUCCCAAGAGCUGGAAAUUAAGCCUGUAAAAGGUCUGUCUGCACAUGCUUGCCAUGCCUAACUGGACAGUGACACU